AUGUUUCUCACAGGGAUUAGUGCUUCUAUCAUUAACCCAUUUUCAUAUGUAUCUUUUAAAAUCAUUAAAAGAAUUUAUUCUCUUGCCUAUUUCUACUGUUUCUUUUUCCUUAUCCGUUGGCAUAUUUUGAGUAAAGACAUGGCCUCGAUUCUCUCUCUAUUCUUCCUACGACUAUCUAUCUAUCUAUCUAUCUAUCUAUCUAUCUAUCUAUCUAUCUAUCUAUCUAUCUAUCUAUCUCAUAGGGCUAAUCUAAACUCUAAAAUCUCUCUCCCUCCCUAUCUAUCUAUCUAUCUAUCUAUCUAUCUAUCUAUCUAUCUAUCUAUCUAUCUAUCUAUCUAUCUGGGAUCUUUAUGUAGCGAACUAGGUCAAUCUUUUAAUAUCUAUCUAUCUAUCUAUCUAUCUAUCUAUCUAUCUAUCUAUCUAUCUAUCUUUACAAAAACUGAUAUUUUAUUUGAAAAGCCAAAACGUUAUAUCUAUCUAUCUAUCUAUCUAUCUAUCUAUCUAUCUAUCUAUCUAUAA